AUGCCCAACAAGGUUCUUGAGGAAAAGCUGCAGGAGAUUAACGGUGCGUCGGAAAAAUCAGUGAACGAGUUAAAGGAAAGGACCCAAGGCCUUGAGAAAGAGCUGGACAACGCCAACGAUCUGCUGUCUACUUCUAAACUCAGAGGACCUGCUGGUGGAGCCGUUCUGGCAGAAGAUCAAUUAACAACAUCUGCAACAGCUGCUACUGUGUCCAAAAUAAAACCCAGCAUGAAGUUGACUGAGGUCUUCAACCACAUCAUGCCUCUAACUACGCUUGCUGUUGUUCCUGAUAACCUUUUCCUCAACAAACGGAGAAACUCUGGUCUAAUUCAGAAUAUAUUAAACACUGGACAAUUAGAAGAAGAACAAGAUAAAGAGGACCAAAAAGAAAUGCAACCAAAGGAGACGACUGAAGUAAAGAAAGAACCAGAGCCUCAAUUAGUUGAUGAAAAAGGCAUUGAACUCUGGAUUUUCCAGGGAGAAGGGCUGCCUUUAGUGAAGCAGGAGAUCAGCACUUCUAUGGGGACUGCUGCUGACACGGAAUGGAGGAUGGAAGCAAAGGAGGAACCAAACCCUGUAGGGAUUAAAGUGGAAGAGAUGGACAUAGAAUCAGGGCAGAUGAUUGACACAAAGGAGGAACCAGAACCUUUCCCAAUGAAAGAACAAGCUGAACUCGAUAUCGUCCAGAACAAAGUGCAACCUUUAGGGAAUCAGGAGACCCAGCCCUUAAUUCUGACUCCUGCUGUUCAUCAGAAUGACUACAGUGAACCAGAAACGAUCAUGAAUCAUAUGCUACCUCAAAUUCAACAAACCAUGGACCCCAGAAAUAAUACUGCAUCAGGGUCUUUUGUUUGUAAAACGUGCGGUAGAUCGUACACUGAACGUCGUAGUUUGGCUCGUCACAUGAGAAGUCACAGUGGUGAGACUCCGUAUCAAUGUGUGUUGUGUGAAAAGUAUUAUUGCGACCGUAAUACUUUGAAUUAUCACUUGAGAACUCACACAGGAGAGAAGCCGUUUGGUUGCACAAUGUGUAGCAAGUCUUUCAUUCAAAGGCAUACUUUGGUUCGUCACAUGAGAACUCACAGUGAAAAUAAGCCGUUUGCCUGCGAGCUGUGUGAAAAGUCUUAUUGUGACCAAAAUACUUUGAAUUAUCACAUGAGAAGUCACAGAGGAGAGAGACCAUUUGUUUGCACAAUUUGUAGCAAGUCUUUCACUCAAAGUAUUAAUUUGGUUUGUCACAUGAGAACUCACACAGGUGAGAGGCCAUUUGUUUGCACAAUGUGUACAAAGUCUUUCACUCGGCGUAGUAGCUUGAUAUAUCACAUGAGAACUCACAUUGAUAAGAAGCCAUUUGUUUGCACAUUGUGUAGUAAGUCUUUCACUAAAAAUGAUAGUUUGGUUCGUCACAUGAGAACUCACAGUGAUUAGAAGCCGUUUGCCUGCGAGUUGUGUGAAAAGUCUUAUUGCGACCGUUAUAGUUUGAAUUUUCACAUGCAAACUCACUCAGCAGAGAGACCGUUUGCUUGCAAAACAUGCUAUAAAGCUUUCAGUAGAGAAAGUAUUUUGGUUAUUCACAUGACAACUCACUCAGUUGACAAAUCCUUUGCUUGCAAAAUAUGUGGAAAAUCCUUCAGUAUAAAAAGUUCUCUUAACCGUCACAUGGGAAUUCAUAACAAUGAGAGGGCUAAAAAACUUCUAAAAGGACCAUCUUUGACAGGGCAUAUGAUAACUCAUAGAGGGGAAAAGCCAUAUUCAUCUAUAACCUGUGUUGAAGGCUUUAGUGAGAGGAGCAACAUAUUGAGACCCAAGAAAAUUCACACAGUUGAGAAAUCUUUCUCAUGUGAAACCUGUGGGAAAAAACUCUCCAGACUACAGUAUCUUAAGUUCACAUCAGAACUCACACUGGUGAGAAGCCAUUUGUUUGCAAAAUGUGUGGUAAAUCUUUCACCAGGAAGAGUAGUUUGGUUCGUCACAUGAUAACUCACAGUGAUAAGAAGCUGUUUCCUUGUGAGUUGUGUGAAAAGUCUUACUGCGACCGUAAUAGUUUACAUUUUCACGUAAGAACUCCCACAGGUGAGAAGCCAUUUGCUUGCAAAAUGUGUGAGAAAUCUUUCAGUAGGCGAUAUUCUAUGAUCCGUCUCAUGAGAAUUCACACAGGUGAGAGGCCUAGAAUUUUUAAGUUUAGGAAUUUACUUUUAAGAGGAUGUGCAGCUGACGUCAGACAAUCCUGUGACACCAGCGAAUCCGCCUACUUGGACAGUAAAACCUUGCGUACAUAGAGAAUGAAUAGAGAAUUUCCUUCAUAUUACCUCUAAAACACCUACAUAAAUCAGAAUCCAAAUUCAUUUAUUAAUCUCUUGUGGGACAUAUCUUGCAGAACAACCAUUUGCAGAGAAAACUAAGAUUGUAAGUACAAAUAAGAUAAGAGAAUAAACUAAGAUAAGGAUUACAGUAUAUACAUUUUUUUUUAUAUAUAUAUAUAUAUAUAAUUUAUAAUUGACAGUAUUUACAAAUUAUAAUGCUGCUCAGUACCAAAUUACAAUUAUUGCACAUAACUGUGUUUUUGCGCAUAUUGAAGUAAUGAAAUGGUCAUUCUUUAAAUGGAAGAAUUACUUUCUGUGGUCUGCGAUGGACUGUCGACCUGUCUAGGGUGUACCCUGCCUCUCGCC